AUGGAGCCCACCUUGCUCAAGGGCACCGGACUGCGACUGUCCACUGCGCUGAGUCACUUUAUCUGUAACAAAGGGAAGAGCAGCUGCAAGAAGGUUGCAGGGUUGAAGUCCCUGCUGCAGCCUUUCUCUGAGGCCUCUGUCAAACCCAAGGUGAGCGUGUACCCGGCGGCGCUCGGAGCCCACCCCAAACGGAAGACAUUCCUGGUUUGUCUGGCCUCCGGCAUGUUUCCUCCUCACGUUCGAUUCUUCUGGAAAAGACAGAAGGUGAACGGUCCUCUGGAGGAUCUUCCUGCUGAUGAGGAGCAGCUGGAGCUCACAAAGACGGGUCGGACCACCUCCAUCAGGACGGUUGACCCAGAUCCCCUCCUUGUGUACAACUACAGCUGCCAGGUGAAACAUGAGCACAUCGGGGUGGAGGCUACAACAAUAGCUGCUGUUUAUAAUCCCAACAUCCACUAUAUCCUACUACAAGAUUACACCAUCGACAUAUUGACUCAUCAGGGUUACCAUGGUAACCAGCCACCUAUUACCCCACCCCCACCCCACCCCCUUUCCUUAGGACUCUCUGGUCUUCAGCUUCAUCACCACUCAUGUUUCUUUGUUUUUCCAUUUCAGAGGUUUCUCCACCUCCAGCUCCUGGUUCCCAAAUGGUUCAGAGAGAAGCUGCUCCUGUUGCUGUACUCCCUGCUGACGGUGAAGAGCCUGGUACUCUGCUCUGGAAUCUCUGUGAUCAGGUGCUUCAGGAGCAUCGGAGUGUCCACCAGGAGCUCAUCUUAG